AUGACGAGUCCUUUCGAUAACGACGCGCUUCCUCGAAACGCGGCGAAUUACGCUCCGUUGACUCCGUUGACUUUCAUCCGCCGCGCCGCCGACGUGCACGGCGACCGAUGCGCCGUGGUGUACGGCGACCACUCGUGGACGUGGCGCCAGACGUACCGUCGCUGCUGCAAACUCGCGUCCGCGCUGCGCCGCCGCGGCAUCGGGAAGAACGACACGGUGUCAGUGCUGGCGCCCAAUGUACCAGCGCUCUAUGAGGCACACUUCGGAGUGCCCAUGGCGGGGGCCGUGCUGAACGCCAUCAACACACGCCUGGACGCGCGCACAGUCGCCCUCAUCCUCGCCCACGGCUCUGCCCGCCUUGUCAUGGCGCACCGCUCCCUGGCACCGCUGCUCACUGAUGCCCUGCUGCUGCUGCCGGGCCUAUUGAGGGAGAAGGGACGUGUGUCAGGCAUGCCGCAG